CAAAGCUUUCUCCUUUGCUUUCGUUUGGAAAGUUCAGGCGCACCGAGGUCCGAGAGAGAUGGAGGGAAUAGUAGAGGGGGGCGGAUCGGGUGCGGGCAGAUACACGCUGCGGCCGGAAAGGCUGAGCAACGAGGACAUACUGUUCUGCAUAGACGUUGACCCAGAGUCGAUGGUGGAGAUGAAGGCUGCGAUGGGCCCGAACGGGCGACCCUUAACCCGAUUGGACUCGAUCAAGCAAGCCAUACUUCUCUUCAUCAACGCCAAGCUUACCAUCAAUCCGGAACACCGAUUUGCUUUCGCCACUCUCGGAAAGGCCGCGUCUUGGCUUCGAAGAGAGUUUAGCAGUGAAGUUGAGUCUGCUCAUGCUGCACUUCGGAUACUCUCAGCCAUUCCUUCUUCUGGUAAUGCAGAUCUUACUGGUCUAUUUCGAAUAGCAUCUCAUGAAGCAAAGAAAUCUCGCGCUCAAAACAGAAUUUUGAGGGUGGUUCUGAUCUACUGUAGAUCGUCCGUACGACCGCAAAAUAAUUGGCCGGUAAACCAGAAACUCUUCACCCUGGAUGUUGUUUACCUUCAUGACAAGCCUGGACCUGACAACUGCCCCCAGGAGGUCUACGAUGCACUUGUGGAUUCCCUGGAACAUGUUAGCGAAUUCGAGGGAUACAUCUUAGAGAGUGGACAGGGAUUAACACGAGUCCUCUUCCGUCACAUGUGUGUGCUGCUAUCGCACCCUCAGCAGCGAUGCCCGCAAGACCACCUGGACAUACCUAAGGCUCUCACAAAACGGUUGCUGGCAGCAGACACAGUGAACGGUGAAGAUAGUGUAACUGUAUCCGGGGGCAAAUCCGAUCAUUAGAAAUUAGUUCUACAGUGGUCGUGUUGCUUCCGAUCUUUAAGUCCCGUAUGUAUGUAGUUUUAGUGUAGUUGGUUUGAUCUUAAUUGCAUCUGUAUGAACAAAUUGUGAAAUAUUUUAUCAUGGUAUUUUGAAUGGAUUAUGAGUUAUGAAUCUCA